AACCACCGUGGUAGUGCGAGUGCGAGGCAAGUUCGGAUUGUGCAUUGUUCAUACACCUUUACAAAUUUGCUGUUCCGGUAGCCGAUUGAACAAAAUGAGUUUGGUGGGAAAAAUCAGUAAAAAAGCUGCCAAGCUGGGCAAAUUACCGUUAGACGACGACAACGUGUUGAUCGAAUGCGAGAGCAAAGAAAAGGAAUGGGUCAAGAAAUGUGUACUGGAGACCUUCCCGUCGUGUUCCAUAACGAAGAUCAGAUCGGUGAACCACAGACAAAUGUACGGCAUGUACUUGCUGCGCAAAGAGGAACUGGAACUCAACGGUGGCAGAGUGGAGCAACGACUUCUGUACCACGUGACCGGUGUUGCCAACGCAACGGCAUCGUUGCAAGAAGGGCUGGACUGGCGCAGGACGAAAAGAGCCAAGUUCGGCCGAGGGGUUUCGUUUAGCGAUCACGCCAAGUACGCAGAUUGUUACGCCGACAACAGAAACACCGGAGGCCGUGUGAUCAUCGUGUGUUCCGUGCUGAUAUCAAAAGUAAAGACGCUGGACCACGGGUCUCGCAUGGUCGUUCACGACGUGCACCACGCCGGCGACGGGUACGACACGACAAUGAGCUCCACACAACGGGUGUACGUCAAGUACGACGAUUUCGAGUUCUACCCCAUGUACAUGGUGCACUACGACCAUAUCGUGCGCAUCCGGUUGACCAACAACGUCGGCCAGUUCAGAGGGUACGUGCGGCCAAUUUCGGCCACAGAGUUCCGCGAAGAAAACGACGGCGUUACCACAACCGCGGUUAGGGUCAGCAACGGCGACGGCGGUACGACAACCGGUGGGAAUACAGGGCGGUCGCGUAGCACAUCACACGUGGACAUGCCGAAUUCCUGGGGAUCGAUGGACGACGAAAUAUAUGACUACCUCGAACAAAUGUGUUCUAAAUAUUUUUAG